CCACCAUCCAAUUGCCUCAUCAAUUAUUCUCUAGAUCUCCAGAUUGUUUGAUCACUCCUCUCCGGUGAUCAUUCCCUCUUUCGUACAAUCCUUCUCCCCACACCGUUGGCUACAGCCCCUCGGGGCAUGCAGGCGGACUUCCUCUCCGGCCGCAAUCGCUACUCCGCCAGCAGCAGCAGUCCGUGAUGGCCCCUCCACGACGAAACCUCCUCCCUAAGGAGCGCUUUGCGUUCGCAUUCGGCAGUCUCAAGACUCAGAAUUAUCAUGACCCCAUAGCACGUGGACCGGGAUCUCAUACUAUCCGAACUAUCGCAUGGAACCCUACCGGCCAGCUUAUUGCAACAGGCUCUGCAGACCGCACGCUUCGAAUCUGGAAUCCCGAGCGCCCAGCUGCCCGAUACUCCACGGAGCUGCGCGGCCACUCCGCAGGCAUCGAAAAGGUCCUCUUUAACCCCGUUCGAGAUUCAGAAUUGGCUAGCUGCUCUAGCGAUGGUACCGUGCGCUUCUGGGAUGUGCGCUCCAAGACGUGUGUGAGCCGUCUUGAUGUGGGCGGCGAGGCAUUCACGUUGUCCUGGUCGGCAGAUGGCAGCGUCAUUGUGGUUGGAAGAAAGGAUGAUACCCUAAUACCCAUCUCUAUCGAAUCCCCCUCAAGUCCGAAUAUCCUCACAGACGCCAAUGCUUCCUCCACGCAAUCACAAACUCGAUCAGGUCCGGUAACCUACUCUGCUUUAGAAGCCCACCCACAACCCAUCCAGACGAACGCGACGACCUUUUCCCACCAUAUCUCCACCCCCACAUCUCCCGAUCUCCAACUCUUCGCAACCACCGGCGAAGGCACCGUCAAAAUCAUGUCUUACCCGUCUUUCGACAUCCUCCACACCCUCCACGCCCACACCUCCGCCUGUCUCUCCAUCGCCCCCGCCCCAACCGGCCGCUACCUCGCCGUUGGCGGCAGCGAUGCUCUCAUUUCCCUCUGGGACACGACCGAGUGGAUCUGCCGACGCACCGUAUCAAGCAACAACGGCGGCGCAGUCCGCGGCGUGAGCUGGAGCUUCGACGGCCGAUUCAUCUGCGGCGCCUGCGACGAGCCCGGCUGCGGCACGGGGCUGGAGAUCUUCCAUGCCGAAACCGGUGAGAGCGUCUACACUGUUCCUACGGGUGCGAGUAGCAAUGCGGGCAUCCCUGCUGUCGCAUGGCAUCCUUCGCGGUACUGGCUUGCGUAUUCGACUACGGCAGAUGGGCCGGGAAGUGCGGGGGCAGGUGGGUUGAAGAUUGUAGGUGCAGCAGGUGGUGGAAGUUUGUAA